GCCACGGCAACGUGCUUCUUUUAGCCCUUUUCAUUACUCUAGAAUUACUGUAGAAUGCAAGAAUGUUAGAUGAAUAGUAAAAUGAAUUGUUUCAUAUCAUCUAUUUUUUAUAUAGAUUAGUAAUUGUAUGCUUAUGAUUUAUGGGUGUCGAUGCUCAUAGUUUUUCGGGUGUCCACUGCUUGAGGGGGGAAAGGGGAGGGCUUCCUUACAGAAUCAUCAUCUGUGGUCAAGUGUGAUUUCCUUUGCUAACAAUGGUUUCUCAUUUUUAUUUACAUUGCUGUUUUUAAAUUCAAGUUGGGUAUAUAUUUUCACUUUUUGUUGUUACUUUAAGCUUCCGUAGGAUCGUGUUUAUGGCUUGAUGUGCAAAAAUUAUGUCUUUAUGCUUUCGUUUCCGGCUUACUGUCGCCUCACCUGGUCGGUCGUUCAUAACCUUUCUUAGUGAUAUAAUGCCCUUGGAUGGCGUUCUAGGCUUGAGGUGCGUUGUGCAGAACGACUUUGGGGCUUCCCUCUAUUGUUGUCGAGAUAGAAGGUACUUUCUGUUGCUGUUUUUCCCUGUUCCACUCGCACUAUUACCCUUCACAUGAGGGGAGGAGGAUGAGCCUCACGUAAGGCUCCACCCCCAUUCCAUACGUGUUAACCUUCACGAUCAAAUAUCCGAUGAGGAAAUAUUCUUGAUGGGUCUUUGGAUAGAUCAGUAAAUGUGGAUUCUUGUUCUAUGGAAAAAAAAUAAAAAUCUUCCUUACUUUUGAAUUUAAUAGAAAUAAUCCAAAAGGAACCAAUUAUUAUUCGUGCUCUUCGGAACCCUUUCAGUUUUGGGGAGAGAUGAAUAACCCGAGCUUUUAUGGUAGUUAUUACACGCAGGCUGCCACAUACGCAUCUGUUGCCCCUAGCAGCGGCUAUUCUACUGACCCAACCAAGGGCGUGUGCACUGCGAACCCGGCACACAGAACCCUUGGUAACCACUACCCUGGGGCCUCAGAAAACACAGCCACUUACUGCAGUAAUGAUCCCGCUUCCAACACUUCGAGUGGCUAUUAUCCCACCCAGGAACAUCCACAACAACAACAAUUAUACAGUCAAGGGUAUACCUUGAACACUAAAGAUGCAGAGAUGGUCAGUAACCAUUACCCAAACUCUAUUGCAUCUUCGGCAAACCGUUAUACCACACGGGCGACGCAUGCGAGUGACAAUCCCGCAGUGCAGACUGCCUACACUCAGCCAUGUAACAGAUUUGAAACUUCUACUGUGCUGCCCCCCUCAGAAAAAAGCUUGGAUCAGUUACCACUGUUGCCCUUAGCGGACUCCACUGUGGCAAACGAUGACAACUUGUGUUGGACAUGGACCACAUACCCGAACACUGUUCAGCCUAAGGAAAAGGACUGUUCAGCGGCUAAUUUCUUCCCACUACGGGAGAUGGUGGUUCCUUUGGCUUGUAUGUACGCACCCCUCGGGGCCUUGAGCAUAAAGCACCUCGUGCUUGAUUCGUCAACUCAAGGACAGUGCGGGAAUUGCGGCGCUUUCCUCAGUCGCCAUGGCUGCCGGCCGGGGGAGCAUCAAUGGGUGUGCCUUUCAUGUCAGCACUGUCAUGCGCUGCCGCCAAGCUACACCGAGGUGCACCCGGCCCGCUUGUACGAUACCGUGGAGUAUCUUCUCCCUGGACCACGGUGCGUGGGUGAGGACGCCGAGCUACGGUACCCUGCUUUUCUCUUCUUGGUGGAUGUAUGUCUUCACUACGAAGAACUCACUGCACUCAAGGCAAACUUGCUGCGUUGCCUUGAGUGGUUGCCAAGCCGUUCUUUAGUUGGCAUUAUCUGCUUUGGUGCCCGUACGACUGUGUGGGAAUUGGGCAGCUUCACUAAUGAAGGUAUCGCCAAAAGCUACAUCAUCCGCGGCAAUGUAUCCUACGAGGACAGCGAACUUAUAAAGCAACUACAAAUCAGCCAACGCCGUCCCGUUCGCGGACGUUUCCUACUCCCACUUGAGGAGUGCCAUUUUGGGCUCACUACACUAAUCGAAGAGAUUCAGGGCGAUGGUGAACCAUUGCCUUCGGGUCUACGGCCGAUGCGCACGACAGGGACGGCUGUCAGCAUAGCCGUGCACCUGCUCGAGUCUCUUCGCCAGAACAACAGGUCUGACGGGAAGCCAGGCCAGGGUGGAAUGGGGAAUCCGUCGGAGCCCAUAAGAAUGGUUGUUGGUGGCGCAUCGAUGAAGACAACAGGAAAAAUUCUUCUCUUUACGAGCGGGCCGUGUACGCGUGGUCCGGGAGCUAUUGUGGGUCCUGAAAAGGCUGAGAUGAUGCGUUUUCAUCGUGACAUCAUCGAGGACAACACUCCUUACUACGCGAGCAGUUACGCUUUCUACAACAAGCUCGCGACAAGGCUAUCCGCCGCUGACGCCUGCUUAGAUGUCUUUUCAUUUAGCCUCGACCAAACUGGUGUGAUGGAGAUGCGGAACUGCGUAAAUCUCACUGGUGGCACACUUAUAUGUGGCGACUUCUUCACUCACGAACAAUUCUCUAAUUCUCUGAAGCGCUACUUUGACCGCUGUGAUCUGGGAGCAGGCAGAGAAGAUUCAGGGGGAUACGUGGCCCGCUGCGGCUUUGGUGUGAGUAUGGAGAUACACACUUCUCCAAACACCUUGGUCAGUGGUGUUUUGGGACCCUGUAAUGUCGAUGUAGCGGCGAAUAAGGCGAAACCUCACCGCACAACGUCACCGGUGCAAAUUGGGGUCGGAGGAACGACCCGCUGGCGCGUCAGUACUCUUGAUCAAUGUGUUACCUUCGCAUUUGUAUUUGAUACCGCCAUUUUAAACGAAACUAACGGAGCUUCGCCGGGGAGACGGGAUGGGGAGACACGCUUCAUUCAGUUUGUUACGACAUAUACGACGGUUGACGGCCAGCGGCGGGUCCGGGUGACAAGCACUCUGCACCCGGUCGCCCCUCAGGCCUCUCCCCCCGUCUACUACACACAGCACCAGGCCUUCGACCAGACCUGCGCCUCCACUGUCAUCGCACGCAUGCUUAUCUGUAUACUUGAGAAGUUCCCUAAAAAAUGGGAUGAUACGAAGCGUUGGUUGGACACCCUUCUCGUUAAAUUUGUACGGCGCUACGGCACCUACACGCCGAACCUCCCUGACUCUCUUCGUCUGAGCCCCUGUCUGUCGCUCUUCCCGUCGUUUAUGUUCAACUUGCGCCGAUCAGAGUACAUGAUGGUGAUCAAUAUUUCUCCUGAUGAGACCACCUUCAAGCGACACUGGCUGAUGCGUGAGCCAGUCGAUAACUGUGUCCGCAUGAUCCAGCCUACCUUGGAUAGCUACGACUUGGAGGCUCCUUACGCGAAGGCUGUGCCACUUGACAGCAGCAGCCUGCGCAGUGAUGCCAUUGUUCUCAUGGAUGCUUUUUUUAACCUCCAUAUCAUGUGGGGUGCCACAAUAUUCGAGUGGAUUCAAGCCGGAUAUCACGAAACCCCUGAUUACGCUCACUUCGCCAGGUUAUUGGAAGCACCUGAAGCGGACGCACAGGCGGCACUGGCACAGCGCUAUCCGUAUCCACGCUUUUCGCGUACAGACGCAAACGGUUCCGAGGCGCGGCAUAUCAAGACGCGUGUGAACCCUUCGGUAGCUUAUAGCCAAGCUGGCGGUGGGACUCUUAAUCGACCGGCAGCGAGUGCGGGGGACGAUUGCACAAAUCUUAUCUACACAGAUGAGGCGUCGAUUGAGAAGUUCAUGUCUUCACUAAAGCAAAUGGCAGUCUCAACAGAGACAAAAUCGUGA